UCCGCCUCCCUUCCUCUUCUUUUUUCCUUCCGAUGUUCUCGCUGCUGCCGCCGCUGCCGCCGCCGCCGCCAGGUUUGAGAAACCGGGAGCCGCUCCAGGCACCCAGUUAGCAGCUCCCCUGAGCAGCCAGUGGUGGUGUGGGGCAUGGCAGCAGUGUGGCAGCAAGUGUUGGCUGUAGAUGCACGGUACAACGCAUACCGCACCCCAAACUUCCCUCAGUUCCGUACACAAUACAUCCGCCGACGAAGCCAGCUGCUGCGGGACAACGCAAAAGCAGGCUUCGACCCCCUGCUUCGUAAGCAAUACCUGCGGCUACGCAGUCAGCUUUUGGCCCAGCGCUACGGCCCCCUCUCAGAACAGAGCAGCUUUCGAGCCUACAGCAACAGUAUUGUCCGAAGCAGUCGCACUACACUUGAUCGCAUGGAGGAUUUUGAUGACGACCCGAGAGCACUGGGUGCCCGAGGCCACCGCCGCUCUGUCAGCCGAGGUUCCUACCAGCUGCAGGCUCAAAUGAACCGAGCUGUCUAUGAUGAAAGAUCUCCAGGUAGUGUUGUCCCCACUUCAGUGGCAGAAGCCAGUCGUGCUAUGGCUGGGGAUACUACACUAAGUGAGAACUAUGCCUUUGCUGGCAUGUACCAUAUCUUUGACCAGCAUGUGGAUGAAGCUGUGCCUAAAGUUCAGUUUGCCAAUGAUGACAAACACCUACUAGCCUGCUGCUCUCUAGAUGGCACCAUUUCAGUGUGUCAGUUAGUACCCACUCCCCCUGUGGUGCUUCGAGUGCUGAAAGGACACAGCCGUGGCGUAUCUGACUUUGCUUGGUCUCUCUCCAAUGACAUUAUUGUUUCCACUUCACUUGAUGCCACAAUGCGCAUUUGGGCUACAGAAGAUGGCAAGUGUAUCCGGGAAAUCCCAGAUCCAGACGCUUCUGAGCUACUUUGCUGUACUUUUCAGCCAAUGAACAAUAAUCUCACAGUGGUGGGGAAUGGAAAACACAACCUUCAUGUGAUGAACAUCUCAACAGGGAAAAAAGCGAAGGGUGGCUCAAGCAAACUAACAGGCCGAGUCCUCUCUCUCUCCUUCGAUUCCCCUGGGCGUAUCCUUUGGGCGGGAGAUGACAAAGGCAGCAUAUUCUCAUUCCUCUUUGACAUGGCCACAGGAAAACUGACCAAAGCCAAACGCCUAGUGGUUAAUGAGGGAAGUUCUAUCACCAGUAUCUCAGCCCGUUCCUGGAUCAGCAGAGAAGCACGGGACCCCUCUCUCCUCAUCAAUGCAUGUAUUAACAAGCUAUUGUUAUAUAGGGUAGUGGAUAAUGAAGGAACGCUGCAGCUUAAGAGAAGUUUCCAAAUACAGCAGAGCUCACAUCCUGUCCACAGCAUUUUCUGCCCCCUAAUGUCUUUCCGUCAAGGCGCUUGCAUUGUGACUGGAAGUGAAGAUAUGUGUGUGUAUUUCUUUGAUGUGGAACGCGCCACCAAGGCUAUCGUUAACAAACUUCAAGGUCAUAGUGCUGCAGUCUUGGAUGUCAGCUUUAACUGUGAUGAGAGUCUCUUGGCAUCCAGUGAUGCUAAAGGCAUGGUUAUUGUCUGGAAAAGAGAACAGAAGUAGCAUAUUUUCCAGUGACAAGCGCAAGGAAAAAUACAUACGAAACACAGCUGUGAGGAGGAUGGGAGUCCUAAAGGAGGAUUAAAGGAUCCAAUAUUUCUUCAUAUUGUUGGUUUAUAUCUUCUUCAGCCUGGAGCAUAUCGAGCAUACUUCCAUUCAGACCACUGCUUUUGUCCUUUUCAGUUGGUGAGAUUUUGUAUAGCAUGCAAAGGAUUCUACUUAAUCCUGUGAAAUGUGGUUUAAUGGACUUUACCAUCCAGAUUACACUGUUCUUUUGCCAGGAUCAUUUGCUGAAAGCAAAGGUGGCCAACUGUGUUACAGGAACUGCUUAUCAGUUGGUAUAAAAACGUUUAGGACUUCAAGGGUUCUUUUCUGACUCAAGAAUAUGAAACCUAACUUGGUUUCAAUCCCAUUUAAUACCAGUCUUUUCCUAGAUAGCAUGAAGCUGUAUGAACAGUGGCCCCAUUUCUUCCUGGAAAUAAAUUUUACACCAUGGAUUAAAAUACCAUGCUCAUUAUAAUGGAACACAAAGGACAUCAAAGAUGAGGAAAAACACCUGCCUCUAUUAAGAAGGAUCAACCUGUGUUGUUACUGAAUUUGUGAACUUCUGCAGCUUUAAAUUUGUGCACAGACUGCUCUUCAAUAUAUUAGAAUGAUUUGUUUGUUUAUAUAGUAGGAUAUUUGCUUUAGCAUGUUUCUCAAGAACAGGUUGACAAAGUAUCUUCCUCGUAUAGCAUUUGUGUAUGAAAGCCACAGAUAUGAACAGAGCAUUUAAUUUCACAUUUAAUUCCACGUUACUAGUUACGUGUCUGGAAUCUACCAAAAUAGUUAGCAUAUUCCUGAUGCCUAGCUGCAGAAACAAGUUUUCUUAGAAAUGAAGCUCUGGAAUGGGUCUACUUAAAUUGAAAAAUGAUUUUUUGUCACAUCUUUCACAGCAUGCAUGAAAUUGGGAUAAAAGGGGAAGGGUAGUUGUAUUGAACUUUUUGUAUUGUGGCUGUUAGUUUUUCUUUAGCUUUGUUCUCUCUCUUGUGCACAAGAAGAAAUUCUUUCUAAAUUCACUGUCACGGGAAAAAAUAGCAGGUGGCAUUUAGCCAGAUAGGUUUUUUAGGCAGAUACCUGGCAGAGAAGAUCAGACAGAGAUACAGUAGUACAAUUAGGUAAUCUUAUCAAGAAGUAUGAAUUGAGCUAAGGGGAUCAUAUCCAUGGACAUGCAAGCCAGUCAUAUCUUUGUAGCAUGGAAGUUGCAGAGCCUUAAGCAGAGUUGAAAAGAUUAAGAGAUUAUGUGGUAAUGUUGUUUGAAAUAUAUAAAAGAGUUUAGUCCUAGAAGAAGGUUAUUUAUGUUAGGCUGAAAAAAGUAUAAAGUUAACAAUGUAAAGUAGCAUGGGACCUUCAAACAGAAAUCAUAAGUACUGUAUGUUUAGGUAAAGGUAUGUUUUUCUAACAGAUAAUAUAGCUGUAUUUCUAAUAAACUGUAACUGCAGUCUACCA